CCCUCCAGCUGUGCGAUUUGGACCAUGUAACUUCAGCGCUCUGAGCUCACUUUCCUCAGUUGGGUUAAUAGCACCUCCUCGAGGAUUAAUGUAUGCAAGGGGCUCUUACAAGGUGACUGCCCCCAACAGUGAUUUACAACGUAUCUAAAAGGAUUCUUAAGAACCGGAGAGCACCGUGUCCCAGCCCCUGUUGUGGUGAUCAUUUGAUCCAGGGCAGCAUCACCUGGGUCCCCUCAGUACCCACAGCUCCUGUUACUAUGGUGAUUACUAGAACGCAGGGCCUGUGCCUGCCAGUGGAGGCUGGUUGAAGAAGGGGCUUUUAUAAGGGCCCUAUGGGGCCUCUGACUGCUCCCACUGCCAGUGCCACUUGGUGGAUGUCACCCUAGUCGCCCACACAGCUCCCUCUGGAGAUUUUGGUGGGGAGCAUCUGAGAUCUUCAGGAGUUUGUAAGGCUGUCACAGUCAGAUGAGUGUUCUUGCCAGGCUGCAAAUGAAAGAAGUGGGGACAAGAGGCCAAGGCUAAGGUGAUGCACAGGACUCUGGUGGUGAAGUUCAGCCAGGCUGUGUCUGAGGGUAUCUGCCACAACAGACAUCUGCUGACACCCAACCCCAAGAAGACUUCCUUCAAACACAUUUGGGCCCGCGCCCUCCGCCCUCCGCUGCGCCUCCUCGGCUCUGGCACUGCGGACCGGGCGGACCGCGGCGAGCUGCGCCUGGGACCCAGGCCGGGUCCGGUUCCGGCUCCAUCUUGGGCCGCGGAGCUGGGCACCUGUGGCGGCCUCAGGAGCAGCGCUUCCGCCGGCCUGCGCGGCUCCGGACGGGCGAGAGGAGCCUGUGACCUGGGGCUGUUCCUAAAGGCACCUUCAUCUCCCCUGUGAUGGGCAGGUUUUGUCCUCUUCAAGUCAUCCUUUCAGGUGUGCUGCACCAACCAACUGUGGUCCUGUGUGUUCCUGCCAGGCCUCCUUUAGCUCUGGAUAAAACCUCCUGCUGGAGGUCGUCACGCCCCCACUAUGCAAUGCAGGAUUUGUGGGUUGCUGACAAGCAGAACCUGAGGUGGCAGGACAGCCUGGUGGUGGCCACAGGACAUCAGCCACAGCCAUCACAACUUUGACAUGAAAAGGGGCUGGAGAGAGAACAUUAAGGCAGCCAUGAGCUCCAGCCGCCCUGAGCCGGGUGCCCGGGUACCCCUAAGCCCCCACCUGCAACCCCUGUCCCGGAGCUCAUCCAGCCUGCUGGGUGAUGGCCGAGGGCAGAGGCCAGAGCUCCGGAAGAGUGCCAGCAGCACUGUGUGGCAGGCCCAGCCAGAUGAGGCCAGCACUGGUUCCCAGGCCCCAGAGGAAGAGGCGUGCCCAGCCAAGAGCAUGGAGCCAACACAGGCCUCCAGCCCCCAGCCACAGGCUGGUGCUGGGGGCCACUGGCGGAGUAACACUGUAGGCAAUGUGUCUACCAUGGGCAGUGGUGACCUGUGUCGUCUGCGGGCCCCUGGUGCUACUGCUGUGCAGAGGAGCCACUCAGACCUGGUCCAUAGCAUCCAGAUGCGGGGCCACAGCAGUGCUCGUAAGACCAGCCUCAGCUGUGUGGUGCUUGGCAGCUCCCCAGUCCACAGGGCUCACUUGCAGCCUGGCAGUACUUCUGACCAGGGUGGUCGGUUCCCUGCAAGCCUGGAAAGGAAUCUGGCUCCAGAGGAUGGAACUUCUAACUCAGCGUGGAUGCUGGGGGAGAGUCAGGUUGGAGUGCUGCCGCUAGACCCGGAAGGCACAACUACUGACAGCAGCAGUCCCCGGCCUGGGCCCAAAGACGCUGGGCAGCCGGCCACCACCUCCUGCCAUGCUUUGCCCCCAGCAGCUCUACUCUGCGAUAUGAAUAAGGGGGGAGCUGGCAGCUGCUAUCGCGCCCUGCCUGCCACAGGGAUCCUGGCUUUUCCCAAACUAGUGGCAUCAGUGAGCGAGUCUGGGCUACAGGCUCAGCAUGGGGUGAAGUUUCACUGUAGAUUGCCUGGGGGACUCCCUGGACACUCUUGCUGUGCCCACCCUUGGGAUCCUACAGAGCCUGGAUCCAGGACCAAAGAUGUGUGGACCAUGACCUCAGCCAGCGACUUGGCCCCUGCGGUGGCAUCCCUUCCGUCAGCCCAGGAUGCUGGUGUACAGGCAGCCCCAGUGGCAGCCUGCAGAGAUGUGGCCACCAGCCCAUCCAUGGAAGCACCUAUAGGCCUGCACAUGUUCCCAGAGGUGACGCUGGGGUCCGGCUUGGAGGAGGCGCCAUCCCCUGUGCGGGAUGUCCGAUGGGAUGCUGAAGGCAUGACAUGGGAGGUGUAUGGAGCCUCGGUGGACCCUGAAGUGCUUGGCGUGGCCAUCCAGAAGCACCUGGAAAUGCAGUUUGAACAGCUGCAGCGGGCACCUGCCAGCGAGGACAGCCUGUCUGCAGAGGGCCGCAGGGGGCCGCUGAGGGCUGUCAUGCAGUCCCUGCGGCGUCCCAGCUGCUGUGGCUGUUCCACUGCAGCCCCCGAGUGAGGAGCUGCAGCUCUUGGAGCUGACCUGGACCCAUGGACUUAGCUUGAGACCAGGGCCAGGGACAGUGGGGGCCCCAUGCUCCCUGGACCUACUGGCAGCUGGCCACAGCUCUCAUCUACACACCAGCUGCAUAUAGGCCACAGGACUGCAGCCUGGGGCUCUCUGCCUCAUGUCGCUGGGCUGGUUUUUAAGGGCUUGUUUCCCAAGGGCCACAUUUCUUUCUGCGCAUUCCAGGCUUUGAACGUGGAGAAGGGAUUUCAGCCCUAUGUGUAAGGGAGAUCCUGAAUUUUCUGUAAAAAACUUGACUUUCUAUUCAGCCUGCCCUCAGAACUUUGCCAUAUUUUCCCCUCAGAUUCUCUGCAGCUUUAUUUCAAAGCAGUACUUUAAAUGAGAAAUGAUGAAUUCUUGACACGAAGUGUGGGGCCCCAGUGACAGGGGCUACCUGUGUCUUCAGGGAAAGAGACUGGCAUUGCUAAAGGCCUCCUAUAUGCCACCUACUGUGCAUAACACCUUACCUUAUUGAGUCUUCACCUCUUCACCCUGUUUAACAGAUGAAACAAUAGACAUUUGACAAGGCUAUAGCUGAUGUGCCCUGUGUUGGACAGCUUGAAGGCUUGGGGCUAAGAUUCAAUGCUAGGGCUGGCUGAAUCUGCAGGGUUUCCUGCAGCACACACCCAGUCUGGUUCAGUGAAGCUGUGUACAAGAAGAAUUUGUUGAGUCCAUAUUCCAUGCCAGGUUCUAUGGAUUCCAUGGUGAAUGAGACAGGCUGCCCCGCCCCAGCCGAGCUCAUGGUGUGCCGUGGGACGGGGGGUGCUGAGCAGUACAGAGGGCUGCCAGGCUUCCAGGGCCACUUCUAAAAGCCAGCUCCUCUUGCAAGUCAUUGUGUCAGUAGGUGGCCUCAGGAAGAGAAGAUAGGUGGGCAGCCACUGCACCUGAAAUACGUUGCAGCGCCUUAAGUUUCACCAUUGUCACUUCAUUCCUUUGGCUUAGGGAUUUCUUCUCAGCUGACACAGUUGUUGGAAGGUGGGUGGGCAGGAAGGGAUAGGGAUAGGGAAGGGUCCUGGCUGUGGGCCAUGAGGUGGAGACUCCAACCUGGUGGGAAAUGGCCUGAGAUGGGAGGCCAUGGGGGUUCCCUGAGUCCUGCCAGUGUGAUCUGACAUGGGCUAGGCAGUGGGGUCCAGGGGAUUUGGUGGGAGGGGGCUUAAGAGUUUGGCAUGGCCUGUCUUCAUUGCCCAAGAAUUCUCAAGAGCUGCAGAAGAUGUGAGUGAGCUUAUGUCCUUGUCCUGCGACUUGGCAUUGAAUCCCCCAGUCCACACUUGGGAGGGAGCCAAAGGGUUAGAGUGGUGUUAGGGCCCAUGACCUGUCCUGUUCCUGGGGCCUCUUCUGCACCUAGGAACCCAGGACCUGAGAGCUGGCCUACCCUUCCCUAUCCUCGAGGAGCUGGUGCUCACUGAAGUGGAAAUGACACAUGCAGAAAUGGGAUGAUUUUUAAGGCAGGAGUGACAUUCUAACAGGCCCAAGGAACAAAGGGAGAAAGGAGUGCAUCAGGUCUAAUGCUUCCCAAAGCCCCAAGAUGGGCCAUUCUUGCCCAUGUAUGUGCCUUUUCCAUGUGUGCAAGUGCACCCCUCCUUGGGGAUGUAGGCCUGUUGGUCCCUCUGUGUGUGGUACAGGGCAAGCGCCUCACAUUCUGGGGAGUGACACAUGGGUACAUGCAGCUUUUGUGCCUGGCCCUGCUACAGGGGCCCCAAGGAGCCCCAGCCUGGUGGGGCCACACAGGAGGGAGUAAAUGGAUGUGGGGGUAUAGGGGAGGGGCCCUUCACAAAGGGCCACAGUAAGCAGAGUCUUGUGGACACAGAGGGUUGGACGGGUGGGUGGAGGGGUAGAAGGACCGGCAGGCGGAUGGAACAGGCUGAUCAGAGGUUGGAAGUGCCUGUUCUGCCCAGGCCGUGGUGAGUCAUUGCAAUGAAGGCCCUGUGUGGGUGCUUAUUGGGUCUGGAGGAGUCCCCAUUGUGAAGCUGCUAGUGUGACUGAGGGAUAGGACUUUGGAGGAUUUGUGGAAGGGGUGGUGGGACCAGAUAGAAAUAUCUGGCUAAGAGUGGUGGCUCAAGCCUGUAAUCCUAGCACUCUGGGAAGCCAAGGUGGAGGAUCAUUUUAGACCAGGAGUUCGAGACCAGCCCUGAGCAACAUAGCAAGACCUUGUCUCUACAAAAAACAAAGAUGAGCUGGGUGUGGUGCUGCACACCUAUAGUCCUAGUUUCUCAAAGGGCUGAGGCAGGAGGAUUGUUUGAAUCCAGGAAUUUGAGAUUGCAGUGAUGACACCAUGGCACUCUAGCUGGGGCAACAGAGCAAGACCCUAUCUGGAGAAAAAAAAAAAAAGGAAAAAGAAAGAGAAAUAUACUUUUGGCUGCUAGGGGGGAAGAAAUUGGCCUGGAGGAGGUAGGAGGCAGAGCCUAAGAGGAUGUGGUGGGGGAUGCCAGGGAGGGGCUGUGACAAAGUGGGCACCUGGAGGCUGACUACACGUGUGUGUGCAUAUCUUUCUCACACACACAUAUACACACACAAGUGCAGUGGAUUUGAGAAGAAGCAGUUCCAGGAAACUGAGGUUUCUAGUUUGUGCAAGAGGAGGGUUAGGCCACUACCUGGGACAAGGGAAGGCAGGUGGCAGGUUCAGGAGGGGCAGAGGAAGGGCCACAUACCACAAAGUUUGGCUGGGAGCAGUGAAACCCACUUCACAAGGAGACUUUCUCCUCUGUCAUAAGCAGAUUUGCAUGUGUCUGCUCUGCUUGGCUGUGUGCCAAUCUGUGCCACCUCCACACACCCGGAAGGUUGUGAUGGCAGGCAGGGCUGGGCCUGGUAUGGAGCAGGCCAGCCAAGCUGCCCACUCACUGCACCAUGACCAAGAUGAAUGUUUGCACGGCAGCGCUGGACUCUAGCCUGGCUAGGGUCCCCGGACUACCCUCCUGGGUAAACCGUGUUCCUGUUCUCACUAGCUCAGGCUGACAGCUGCCACCUGUGCUCUGCUUGGCUCAACUGCAGCUUAGUUUCUGAAUUGGACCUGGAGACUCAUUCCCAGACCCCUGGUUGCAGCCCCACCUGGGCUAGGCCUGAUGUCUGCAGUGGUUUAGGGACCCAGAGCAUGGCCACUGGCUCAGUUUACGAUCAUCCCUGGUCUCCAGUCUGGGUCCCUUUCAGGCCCACUUUAGGAGGUGUUGGAUUUGAUUGUUGAUAUGUUUGUUUUGUUUUGAUUUUAAA